GCAGCAGCAACCUUUUUGUUGGAAUUUGGCCUCUUUCACUCCCUUAUUAUGCAGAUUCUUUAAACAACUGGUUAUCCUUGAGUGCUACCAAUAUCCUAACUCGAAGAGAGAGAGAGAGAGAGAGAGAAAUGAAACGAAUGGAUAUCUUCUGCGCAACCCAGGCUUCAACAUCCAUAUAUCUAAGCAUGGAUGAAUCGGCCUCAUCGUCUUCUUCCUCGGCAUCUGCCAUUCAACUAGGUGGUCGAGCCAUCGAUCGCCAUAAUCCCAUCAUCCGAGAUGCUAAACGAUUCAACACAAAUCCUUUGCCUUCCAACCAGAUUGCCCUUAGGAAGAAUGGAAAAGGGUCUUCUUCAAGCAAGUCAAAAAAUGAUCAUAAAAAGACUUCUUCGUCUGUUUCAGCCAAGUCCAAUGACCAAAAGAAGAAGAGCUCAACUAAGAACAGUUCAUUGAAGCCAAGUGGUAAUGAAGAUAAUGGCAAGGCCAAGGGGAUUGAUCUUGUCACCCCUCCUGGUUCCUCAAGGUAUCUGUUGGGUGACUCUGUUUUUCUAUCAGAUUAUGAUCCAGUUUGGACAUUGGUUCCUGCCGAGGAAAACAAGAUGAUUCAAGCUAUAACACAAGAUCAUUCCAUCAUUUCCAAACCCUCUUCCUCCUCAUUCAAUGAGAAGCCUCCUAAAGACCAGGUUGUGGUUUUAAGGGUGUCACUGCACUGCAAAGGAUGUGAAGGAAAACUGAGGAAACAUCUAUCAAGAAUGGAAGGUGUGACGUCCUUCAACAUUGACUUCAAGGCGAAGAAGGUGACCAUCGUGGGAGAUGUAACGCCGUCGAGCGUACUUGCUAGCGUGUCAAAGGUGAAGAAUGCACAAUUCUGGCCAUCUGCAACUGCAACACCAGCUCUUGCCUCGACCAAUUUUACAACCAAGAAAUGAUGUAAUUAUCUUUCAAUCUCUUUAGGACUUUGAAUGAAGACUACUUUUGGGUGUGAUGUGAAACUGAUGAAUUUUAGUGUUUGCAUGGAACUUGGUAUUGUUAGCCGAA